AUGGCGUCACCACUGGUGAUUGCCGUGCAGCCCCGCGCUAAAUCGGAAUACAAUAUCCAGGAUAUCGCUCGAGUCGGCAAUGCAUUCAUCAAAAUCUCCAAUGCCUCGGAAGCGACAGAAUUCGUCAAUGAAAAUUCCGCUCUUCUCAACGUCUAUGUCGACGCCACCGAAAUUAGUGCCGCCGAUGCAGUGGAGGUCCUCAAUGCCGGUGCUUCGAAGAUAUUACUGACCACGAAACAAUUGAUUUCACUUACCGAAGAAAACGAGAUCCCGUCGUCAAGAUUAGUCGCAUAUGUCUCCUCGGACGAUGACUUGACAGAGCUGCGCAGUUGGCUCGCAAAUGACCCAGAGUCUCAAGACAUAGGCGUUUGUUCAACAGCAAACGCUGCUGAACUCUUCGAGAAGUUCGAUUUUCCCAAGGAUGGCGGUCAAGUUUACAAAAUUUAUGGAGGGAAUGUGACUGAGGAGGCCGUUAUUGAAGAAGUCGCUCAUGGUGUCAUCGCAAUUGUUCCCUCUGCUCAGUUUUCGAUCAUUCCCACGGCGGACGGAAAGGUAUCUGCGUCAAAUGUCCUGGCUAGCUGUGCUGUACCUGAUGUAAAUACCGGGCUUAUUGCCACUUUGGUCGUUGACGAGAGAGGUGUAUCGUUGGGAUUCGUGUGGAGUAGCAAGGAGAGCUUGAAGGAAGCCCUUAAGACAGGCACUGGAGUCUAUCAAUCACGCAAGCGUGGUCUUUGGUACAAGGGUCAGAGUAGUGGAGACACACAAGAGCUUUUGAGCAUUGGCUUUGACUGCGAUGCGGACUGCAUGGUCUUUAAAGUCAAACAACUCGGCCGAGGUUUCUGUCACCUUGGGACAAAUACUUGCUUUGGAAAAUAUCAAGGCCUUUCUAGCCUACAGAAGACUCUGCAAUCCCGCAAAGAGAGCGCUCCCCCUGGAUCAUAUACAGCACGCUUGUUCAACGACCCCAAACUCGUUGAAGCCAAGAUCAUGGAAGAAGCAGAGGAGUUGUGCCAGGCGACAACCAAGAGUGAAAUUGCUUCGGAGGCUGCUGACUUGAUUUACUUUGCUCUUACCCGAUGUGUUGCCGCAGGUGUGAGCCUAGAGGAUAUUGAGAGAAAUCUAGACAUGAAAAACCUCAAGGUCAAGCGUCGUAAGGGUGAUGCCAAAACUCGUUGGGCUGAGAGGGUUGGCUUGACCAAGACAGAGAAGGCUCCGGAGCCCACACCUGCACCAGUUGCAGCCCCUAAAUCCGACCGAAUUGAAAUGAAACGAAUUCACACGUCGAACACGCCGGUAAGCGUUAUCAAAGACGCACUGCAACGCCCUUCUCAAAAGUCCAAUGAAGCUAUCGUUGAACUCGUCAAGCCUAUCAUCGCCGACGUUCGCACAAACGGAGACGCUGGUGUUUUGAAAUACACUCACAAAUUCGAGAAGGCUACAUCCUUGAAAUCACCGGUCAUCAAAGCCCCAUUUCCCGAGCACUUGAUGCAAUUGUCAUCUGAUACCAUCAAAGCAAUCGAUGUGAGCUUUGAAAAUAUCAGGAAGUUUCACUCGGCACAGAAAGACGACAAGCCUCUUAUUGUUGAGACUAUGCCCGGUGUUGUCUGCUCUCGUUUCUCGCGCCCGAUCGAGCGUGUUGGUCUUUAUAUUCCCGGUGGAACGGCUGUUCUUCCCUCGACUGCUCUCAUGCUUGGUGUUCCCGCCAUGGUAGCCGGUUGCAAGAGGAUCGUUCUUGCUUCACCGCCUCGCUCAGAUGGUAGUAUUUCUCCAGAAAUUGUCUACGCAGCACAUAAGUGCGGUGCAGAGAGCAUUGUUCUUGCUGGUGGUGCCCAGGCUGUUGCAGCCAUGGCCUAUGGUACCGAAAGCAUCACCAAGGUCGACAAGAUUCUCGGUCCUGGUAACCAGUUUGUAACUGCUGCAAAGAUGAUGGUGUCGAACGAUACCUCUGCUGGAGUUAGCAUUGAUAUGCCUGCUGGACCUAGUGAGGUACUGGUCAUUGCCGACAAGAAAGCCAACCCUGCAUUCGUUGCCUCUGAUCUUUUGAGUCAGGCGGAGCACGGUGUUGACUCACAGGUUAUCCUUAUUGCUGUUGAUCUUGAUGACAAGGAACUGGCAGCAAUUGACGAGGAAGUGCACCAGCAAGCAAACGCUCUACCCCGAGUAGAUAUCGUGCGGGGAUCGAUCGAGCACUCAGUAACUUUCGUUGUCAAGACGCUCGAAGAGGCCAUGAAUCUCAGCAACGAGUAUGCCCCUGAGCAUCUGAUUCUGCAGCUUGAGAAUGCAGAGGAGGUUGUUCCUCUAGUCGAAAAUGCUGGAAGUGUUUUCAUUGGCCAGUGGACUCCUGAGAGUGUUGGAGAUUAUUCCGCAGGCGUCAAUCACUCGCUUCCUACCUACGGAUACGCCAAGCAGUACUCGGGUGUGAACCUAGGCUCUUUCGUCAAGCACAUUACAUCCUCGAACUUGUCGCCCGAAGGUCUUCGCAAUGUGUCUAGUGCGGUUAUGCAACUCGCUGCUGUUGAGGGAUUGGAUGCUCACAAGCGGGCUGUUAGCAUUCGCAUGGAUGUUAUCAACAAGUCCUAA